UCCUUCUCCUUUUUUUUUUCUUUUUUUUUUUUUUCUUUCUUUCUUUUUGUGAUUGAAGUUUAGAGGAGUAUAGUUUGAUUAUCUCUUUGUUUGUUUUGGGUGAAUUUGGUUUGGGGGAUAAAAAUGGGAUUUUGUGAGAGAGGGUUUUAACUUUAACUUUUAAGUGCUGCAGGGAAAAAAAAAGAAAGAAGAAGAAGCUUCUAGAGUUUCAGAAUCUCCUGGUGGCUCUCUUUUAGGCUGAUUUAGUGGUGGGUUUGGGAGAAAGAUGAGAUCUUGUGAGCAUCUGCUCUGAUCAAUCUGCACUGCUCUGCAGUAAAAGUUGGAUCUUGGAAGGAAAAGAGUUGUCAAAUUAUUUAUUGAGGGAAGCAUUUGAUUGCCAAACUCAGGAAGGGAGAUUUUGCAUUGCAAUCUUCUGGUGGUGGUUUUGUAUCAUCAAGCUAGGGUUUUUUUUUUUUUUUUUUUUUUUUUUUUUUUUUUUUUUUUUAUGAAUUGGGGGUAGAAACCACCAUGCCCCUCUCUGAAUUCCUGCUCAAGACCACGAAAUCGAAGCCCGGAACCGCGCAAUCCAAGAUGCCCAUCCCCAAUUCCUCCUCAUCUGAUCCCUUUUCUAUAUCUGAUCACGAAUUCGCGGAGCUUCUGUGGGAGAAUGGCCAGAUUGUGUUGCAUGGUCAUGCCAGUAGAUCCAGCAAGAAGAGCUGGGCGGCGGCAUCCGCCGCCGACCACCCGGAGAAAGCUCCGGCGAAGGACAAUGUGGAUUCCGUCGACGCGAAGAACGAGCAAUUGGGCGCCGACCUUUCGGUUCAUCAAGAGGAUGACAUGGUCCCGUGGAUCAAUUUCCGGAUCGACGAUGAGUCUCUCGAUGCCGAUCCCGUGCACAACGAUUUCUACUCGGAGUUCCUGGAAGACAUCGGCGUCCUAGGGCAGGAAGCUAAGAGCCCGCCGAACGCACCGCAGGAGAUUCCUUCGAAAGGAGCUCCGGCGGCUUCCGAGCGUGGCAGGGGUAAUAAGCCCAACCAGUUGAUUCAGCUCUCUCAAAAUUGUCAAAGCGCGGUUACGAACAAUAACUCGAGAGUUUCGGAACUCGGUAAUGGCGGUGGUAAAGCCCAGAUGGGCUAUUGCAUGGAAUUAGUGAAAAACACAAGGUUGGCGCCGAGACCGAACACGGGCGUGAACUUUGUCAACUUCCCCCUCUUCUCGAGGCCCCACGCUGUUAAGAUCAACGAUCGAGCGAGAGUAGAGGAGAAGGCAGCUGCUGCUCCAGUGAAUAGAAAUCUCGUCGAGUCUAGUAGUGGAGUUAAGAGUGUCGCCGGAAUUAAAGCCCUGCCGCGUAAGUUGGAGCUGGAAAAACCCGAUGCGCCCGGACGUCAACAUGUUAAAGUCCCUAGCGAGCGAAUUGAGGCUAAUCGCGAAAGAGGUGAAGAUCAUGAGACCGAAAAGGACGAUAAGAAUGCUGCUGCUAUUAAAGAUUGUAGCUUCGCAAAGCCAGAGACGGAGAAGGAUCCAGUAGCAGUGGUUGCUUCCUCUUCCGUGUGUUCCGUUAAUUCCGCAGGAAUUGAAUCGUAUGAACCCAAAAAUAAUAGAGAGAAGAGGAAAGUUAGCGAACGCGAAGAAUCCAGCGGCGAGCAGAGCGAUGAUCUUGAAGAUGAAUCGGUGGGAACAAAGAAGCCCGCGAAUGGGCGAGGCACGGGUGCAAAAAGAAGUCGAGCCGCAGAAGUACAUAAUUUGUCUGAAAGACGAAGGAGGGACCGGAUAAAUGAGAAAAUGCGGGCGCUACAAGAACUGAUACCUAACUGUAAUAAGACGGAUAAAGCUUCAAUGCUCGAAGAGGCCAUCGAGUAUCUUAAGACACUUCAACUACAACUUCAGAUGAUGUCCAUGAGGAAUGGGAUGUACAUGCCAACUCCUAUGAUGUUGCCGCCAGGGAUGCAACACAUAAACGGACCGGCGAUGGCCCAUUUCUCCCCGAUGGGUGUAGGGAUGGGCAUGGGCAUGGGCAUGGGCAUGGGGAUGGGGUACGGCAUGCACGUGAAUGGAUCACCAGGUUGUUCUUUAAUUCCGGUGCAGCCCAUGCAUGGGCAGCAGUUCCCGUGUCCUGCAAUCGCAGGCCAGGCUGCCUUGCACCGGAUGAUGCUCGGACCAGCUAAUCCUCCAGUCUUUGGGGCAAUUGCGCCACACCAACUUAGUUCGCCACCAUGUCAUGUUGUCAAGGGAAAUACAGCGCCUGAUGUUACCAUGCCAGCGGCUGCUCCAGCCCCGCCAACCUCAGAUCCGGCGGCGGCUCCAGUUUCUAGAGAUCAGAAGGAAGAAGGCAAAAACUUAUAAAUAUUGUAGAGAUCAAGAAUCAAUCGUGCGGGGAAGAUGGCAAUAAGGAAGGAUUAACAGCUAAAGAGUAUCUGAUGUACAUUACUAAUCGAAUAGCGACAACUCAAUCUGUGGGGAUCCCUCAACCUUGCAAGUGUAAAUGGGACAAGACAUCGCAACAGGCUACUGUUGAUGGGUUCCAUGCAAUGGGGGUUGCUCAAAAUGUUCCAUAAAUAACAACUUAUGUAUGUGAUCUAACAUGUGAAGGAUUCUCUCUCUAUAAGAGUACACCUCAAGUGCCAAUUUUGCUUUUUCCCAAGUGGAAUUGUGGGACAAUGUGUAGUAUAUUAGCAUGUUAAGAGUAGCUUAAGAGUUAAAAAAAACUUUGUUUUGCAUCUAUAAGUCGCGGAUCCGUGCUGUUAUUAUAUAAGGAGCAUGACCUUCAACUGUGUGUACUAAAAAUGGUUUGAUAUGAAUAAAAAUUUUCUUAAAUGGAUUUCACAAGAAUUUCAAUUAA